UUUCUAAUAUCUCCCCACCAAGUUCUCCGUGCAACCAGGAAUUCAUGGCUCCUCCGCCUCCACCUUCGGAGACUCCUCGAGCCAGCGGCUUCACCGCUCCCUCCAAUUGCCUCCUCUCCUCCGCCUUCCGCCACUUCCCUUUCUCCCCCCCUCUCCCCCCAUCAAAGCCGUCCGGCCCCGACCACACGGCUCCCGACCGCGCUCCCUACCCUAUCUCGCUGCUCUCCGCCGCCGAGCGCUUCCUCCGUUCGCUCGGCGCCGCCGUCUCCGGCAACCCACUUCUCAAACCCCUCCUCUCCCUCCAUUCCGACCUCCGAAGCUUCGGCCAGGUCCAUUGUGGAAACCAUAGGAAUCAUAACUUAUUGAAGGCCCAUGGCUUUGCGGCGAUCUUACCAGGGGACUCGGUGGCGGGGCUGGUGGUGGCCAACGGCAUCACCAACUUCUUGAACAUAUACAAUACGUUACUGGUGGUCAGGCUGGUGCUGACCUGGUUUCCCAACUCCCCUCCGGCCAUCGUCAGCCCUCUCAGCACUUUAUGUGAUCCUUACCUGAACAUAUUCCGUGGGAUUAUUCCCCCUCUUGGUGGAACAUUGGAUCUGUCACCCAUACUGGCCUUCAUAGUUCUGAAUGCUUUUACAAGCACUGCUGCGGCACUUCCUGCUGAACUUCCAGUCACCACCACAACUCAGCAAAAUACUUUAUCACACCCCAUGACCGCCAAUCUCACAACAACACAGGAAAAAUGGAUGAGAAGGAUAUGCCACAAAAGAUCCAGCAACUCGGAAGAUGUCAAUUAGGCCUUGACGUGCAUGAGCUUGACUUUUUGUUGCAUGAACCUCAUUGAUUUAAGUGGCCUGCAGAAUUGUUGAGGUUGAUGGAGUUUUUCUGUAUCUCAAUGUUAAUUGAUGGUAAUUAAGAGUUACUCUGUAAGUACUUAUAGAUGCUUUGUUAGUUAAGCAUAAUAUAUAAGAUAGCAUUCUUUACUUCCUUUUUGGCUA